AUGAGUUUGAAUCACUAAAAAUUACCAUCAUUUGACAUAAUAAGAGUAGCUGGUUCAGGAAGCUUUGGUAUGUAUAAUAGCUAAAAUUAGGUUAUGUUUUUGAAGCCUAUGAUCAUAAUAGAAAAUAAAAAGUUGCUCUAAAAAGAAUUGAAAAGGUUGGAACUCUUCUUAGUAGAGAAUAUGAAAUAUUGUUUGAAGUUAAAGAAUGUGAACAUAUAGUUAAGAUUCUUGUAUAAAAUUCAUCAAAUCUAGGAUUUUUUCUAUUCAAGAAAUGAGGCGGGGAAAUUAAUUCAAAAUAUAGUAUUUGAAUAUAUGGAGGAUAAUCUUGAAAAUAAAAUUUAAAGUUUUAUCAAAUAAGGAAAAACAUUUUCAGAAUUGACAAUAAAAUGUUACAUAUAUUAGAUUUUAAAAGGAUUAUAAUUCAUUCACUAAAAAGGAAUUGUCCAUCGUGAUCUAAAGCCGUAAAACUAAUUACUUAAAUCAAUAGUGAGAAUGUUCUGAUAAAUAAUAAAGAAGAAGUCAAAUUGUGUGAUUUUGGAAGUUCUAAAUUGAUUACUUCCUCAAGUCAAAAUACUCCUUAUAUAGUUUCUCGUUAUUAUCGUGCACCUGAAUUGAUAUUAUGUUUAACAAAAUAUGGUGUUUCAGUAGAUAUUUGGGCAUUAGGUUGUAUAAUGGGAGAAUUAGUAAUAAAAGAAGCUCUUUUUAAAGGUAAAAGUGAAGGAGAUCAAUUAUUUGCAAUAUUAAAGGUGAUGGGUAGUUUAAGUUCAAAAGAUGUAGAAUACUUUACAAGUAGAGUUCCUUUCGAUAAUAAAUAAAUAUUUAAGGAACUCUCUAAAUAUAAAAAAUAAAAUCUCAGAUAAAAAUUUAGUUAAAUAAAAGAUUUAGAUAAUUAUUUAGAUUUAUUAAAGUAAGAAAAUCUAUAUAAUGUUUUAGUUCAAUGUUAUAAUAUAAUCCUGAAAAGAGAAUCAGUGCUUAAGAUGCACUUAAACAUCCAUUUUUUAAAGAUGUAGCAAAUUAAUGA